AGCGGCAGCGCUUGGCGGGGCAUCGCCGCUUUAAGCGGAGGGCCACGCCGGGAGACGGGGCGGGCCGGGCGCGCCUCCCCACGUGGUGCGGGUGCCCGAGCCUCCCGGCCGCCGGCGGGGCUGGGCGCACACAGCGCGGCUCUGCUGUCGGGGCUUGCCUGCUGCCGCUGCUGCUUCCCUGGGCGGUUGCUCCGGCUCGGCACUCGGCCAUGCUUCAGCGCCGCGCCGAGCGGCUGAGAGGAGGGACUGUACCGCCGCCGCGUCCCGUGGCAGCGACUUAAGGCGGCGUGAGGAUGAGGAAGGCAAAGCGGGCCGCGCCGGGCCCCCUGCCCAUGCUGGGGCUGCUGCUGCUGGGGGCUCUGCCGGGGCUCUGGACGGUGCUGUUGCGGCGGGAGACGGCGGCGGCGCAGCUGGAACUGGAGCCGGAGCCGCGCCCGCCGCGGGCUCGCUGGGGCUGGAGCCGCUCCCCGGCGGAGCGCGGCGAGCCUGGCGGCGGCGGGCACAAAACUUUCCGUGCGCUGCUAGCGGUGCCGGCGGCGGGCCGGGAGGAGCUGGUCAGCCCGGAGCAGUUCGGCGCGGCCAGCUCUCCGCCGCCGGCCGCCGGCUUCUCUCCGGUGGAGCGGGGCAUCUUCUGGAGCCGCGACCUGGAGGCGCAGGUGCCGCCGGGCUUCGCGGCGGAGGAGGCGGCGGCCUGGCUGGCGGCCGCCCGCGCCGCCCGCGUGGCAUCGCUGGAGCGGGGCGGCUGCGGGCGGAGCUCCAACCGGCUGGCGCGGCUGUCGGACGGGAGCCGGGCCUGCGUGCGCUACGGCAUCAGCCCGGAGCAGAUCCAGGGCGAGGCGCUGUCCUACCACCUGGCCGGGGUGCUGGGCAUGCAAGAGCGGCUGCCGCCCAUGGCGCUGGCGCUGGUAGAGGCCCGCGGGCGGCAGUGGGAGCCGGUACGAGAGGAGCUGCGCGGCUCGCUCUGGGCCGAGGGCGCCGUGGUCAGCCUAACGCGCUGGGUGGACAACCUGACCACAGUGGUGGCCCCCGCGCCGUGGGGCGCCGAGGCGAGCGGAGGGCGGCGGCUGCAGCCGCUGUCUGCGGGGGAGUUGGGCGGGCUGGCGCCGGAGCAGCUGGUGGAGCUGGUACAGUGGAGCGACCUCAUCCUCUUCGACUACCUGACGGCCAACUUCGACCGCCUGGUCAGCAACCUCUUCAGCCUACAGUGGGACCCGCGGGUGAUGCGCCGCGCCACUAGCAAUCUGCUGCGCGGCCCCGACGGCGGGCUGGUCUUCAUGGACAACGAGGCGGGGCUGGUGCACGGCUACCGCCUGCUAGCCAUGUGGGACCCCUAUAACGAACCGCUGCUGCGCUCCGUCUGCGUCUUCCGGGAGAGCACGGCGCGGCGGGUGGCCGAGCUGCACCGUCGUCGCAGCGCCGCCGCCGAGCUGCGCCGCCGCUACCGGGCGCGGGAGCCGCUCUGGGCUCGCCUCGGCUUCCUUUCGGAGCGGCAGGCCGAGCUGCUGCAGGCCCGCGUCGACUUCGUGCAUCGCCACAUCGCGCACUGCCGCGCACAGGCAGCCGCGCUCUGACAGCCCCGCGGGGGGCGGCCGGGGUGGCGGCGUCGCCUCCGCGCUUCCUGCUUUGUGAGGCAGCGAGACCGACCUGCCGGGGCUGGGGCGCGCAGCGGCUGUCGAGGGUAGCCGCUCGCCGAGGUCCGGAGGAUGCGGAGCCAUUAGCACCACAACAGCCGCUUUCCGCUGCAGGGCUCAGCUCCCGAAGCCUGAGGAAGUGGACAGACGGAGCUUCCCAGCGCUUACUCGAGCAGAGAAUCGGCGGCAGCUCUGCCCGUGGGGGCCAGCCACCUUCUCCCUCCGAAGGAGGCAGGCGAAAACUUUGGGGGUUUUUUUAUACAUAUUCUUCCUUUUGCGACAGCGAAUUGGAGCGCGAACGUUGGUGUUCACAGACCAAGACCUGGCUGCACCAGUGAGCCCUGACUAGCGAAACCACCCUAUUUAUGAAGCUCGUUUUUACCGAUUUUACUUGACAAGGGUGACCCUUUCCGCUGGGUGUUUAAUUCUGUUGGUGAGAGUGUGUAGGAAUCCUGUGUUCCCUUAGCUCUUAGUCCUUGUGGAUGUAUCUGGUUAAACUGUUUUGGUUCUUAAGCGUCUGUUUGUAGUCCUCAACAUCGUUUUGUCCGAUCAGUAAAGUAACUGGCUAAUGGGUGGCACCGGGGCAUUUCCCGGGGUUUGGGAGCCUUGCUACGCGGCGCAGUGGUUGAAGUGGAGGAAGAACCGUUUCACGCACUUUACUUCGACUUUCUCGGCUUUUUUAUAGAAGACGACCUUUUUCUUUUCCGAAGUCAGGUUUUCUGUACAUUACCUACGUUCGUAAGCUUUUCUGUAGCAUACUAAAGGGCAUGAUGUUUCAGUAAAGUGUUCACGUUUUGCCUUCUUUGUCCUGACUGUGUGCCUGAGCUCUGGCAGGGAAGAGCACGCCUCCUCGCUCUUCUCUGAUGGGCGAUGGACACCACCUUCUUCAGCUUCUCCACCCAGCUGAACAAACUUUUCUCCGAGGCGAGGAAGGGUAGAGUCAGGCUUUUAUGUGCUACCCUCCUCUGUUUUUCCUGCCUGUUGUGUCACUGAAAGGGCGAAAGCUCAUCGGGUGGCUAAAAUAACGUGACUGCUGCAUACUUUAGCUGAAGAGGCUUUUGUCUGCUUUGUGCAGUCUGAAAAGAACCGAUAUGUGAGGCAGUUAGUUUCAGCAAAGUGAAAUAGAAGGUAUGGACCUAGCUGCCUGGGCAGUGGGUACCAACCUCUUAAAGCAGGUGAUAUCACCAGAAACACCUUGAAGGUGGCUGAUGCUUUCAGUGGUGCUUGGUUUUCUGUGCUUUGCAGUGGGGGUUGCAAUAUAAUUGAACAGGAAAGCUUUUCAGUCUUGCUAAAAUAGCGAGGUUUUUUCCUACAGAAUCUUAGCUCUGGGUAGGGUGAAGCAGUAGCAGUGGGUGUGAAACAUAACUUACCUGCACCUCUUGUUUAGCCUUUUUACAUGUUUAUGGACAGAAGAGACCGUUGCAGGGCUCAGAAUGCAGCCAGAAUAAGGACAAAGGGCAACAUAACCCUCUUUAAACCUCCAGUGCUGGUAUAUAUCCUGCUGUAAUCAAACAGCACCAUAACAUCUUCAACAUCUGGACAGGCACCUCUCCCGAUGAAAGGCAGGAGCCUGCUCAGUGGCUGCUGCAGGAGGCGGUGCUGUUUUCAGUGUGUCGAGUGCUAACCUUCCCCUGAACUCGCAGGGGGCUGUGCGUCAGUCUUUGGUCUGUUAAUACUCACUUAUUUGUAUUAAACUUCACGUAAAGGGAA